UGUGUGUGUGUGUGUGUGUGUGUGUGUGUGUGUGUGUGUGUGCAUGUUCGUGCGGGUGAUGUUCGUGCCCUAUUGCUUCUCGUGGUUGCCCCUUCUUGUUCUUCUUACCGUGCUUAUUUUCUUGUGAGUGUGGUGUCAGCCCUGUACGCAUGUAUUGGUUUCCUGCCACGCAUCAGCGCACGCCUUGGUGUGGCUCAUUCUCUCAUCACCCAGCCUCUUCUGAUACUCCCUGAGCCUCCCUUCGCUCAUUUGACACGCUCCACCCUGGUGAUAUUGCUCCUGUCGCUCGCUCUCCUGGACCACCACCAACGUUCUCUGUCUUUGCCUGUGACGCACCAGUCCCAAUCGUUCUUGAACAACCCGCAUCCCUCCUCGUCAGGUGACAAGCGGUGCGAACAUGAACAAGGCCACCCCCGCCUCGCCAGGGCAACAGAUGAUGGCGGGUGCCUGCGUAAUUGUGGGCAUUAUUGUGGUGACCCUGACCUGCGCGGCCCUCUUUGCGCGGUACGCGCACAACACCAGCAACGUGCCCCUCUUUUCUCAGCACUCUGUGGACGCCACAGCGCCAGCAACCUUCGCCCGCCAAGGCCUGGCAGACCUUCCGAGGAACAUGUCCAAUCAUACGUUCAUCUUUGUUGUCGGAUCUCACCACAGCGGGACAACCCUCAUGGACCUCGUGCUAUGCCAACACAACCACACCUCCUGUCUCCUCGAUACGCCGGCCGCGGAGAAUGAGGGGCAGCUUUUACAGCCCGUGUACAAGCCAGCGCAUGAGCUGGGCGGGCCCUUCAUGUACGGGUACCGGGAAGAAAGCUACAUGACGGAAACAAGCAUGCUGCUCACCCCACUGAACCGCGUGCGCAUCUUCGACGCGUGGGCACGCUACUGGGACCUGAGCAAGCCCGCCCUGAUUGAGAAGUCACCACCGCACCUGCUCAAGAUGCGGUACUUCCAGAGCAUGUUCAAGCGCACCUACUUUGUCAUGACACUGCGCCACCCGCUCGGCUGCUCACACGCCGCAUACACGCAGGAGGGGUUUCACCUGCAUGAGGUGGCCACGUGCGGCGAACAGGAGAUCCAACACUGGCUGCACAUCUACGACACAGCUCGCAAGGACGCCGAAGUCGUCAGCAACCUCGUUGUCCUGCAGCUUGAACGGUUCUCCGGCACAACCGCGCGGGCGGCGCAGGCGUACGUCCAGCAGAUGGAGGCGUUCCUCGGCCUCAACCACGACAUCCACCUGCAGCCAGACCCGAGCGGCGGCGGGAAUGGCGACGGCGCCACCCCGCAGCAGCCAGCACACGCCACGAGGCGGAAGCUGCUGCACUACCACGGGGACAGGCGCCACGUCACCAUCAAGUUUGGGGCCACGCACGCGUGGGUGGACGACUGGCUGCAGGUGGUUGACAUGUCUUCGCCCGUGUGCCAGGCUGUGAUUGAGCGGUACGAGGCGCGGCUUAACGAGUACGGCUACAGCUUGAAAAACCUCACCCAUGUCGCGCAGCCAGUCGCAUUCGCCAACCGCGUCUUGCCAGGCAUCUAAGGGUGUUGUCUUGUGUUUGGUUGAUUUGGGUGUGUUGUCUUGUCUUAUGUGUGUGUGUGUGUGUGUGUCUUGUGUUGUCUUGUGUUGUCUUGUGUGUGUGUGUGUGUGUGUGUG